CAGCUCAUGUAUCAACAGUUUUGCAAACGACACUGUAGAUGGUAUAUGGAGUGUAGGUGAUAUGGAGUCAUUACAAAUCAACAGGAAUAUAAAAAACGGAAGAUUUCCCUGUGUUUUCGUGAGGAUUUUGAGACAAAUGUGUGUGAAAAUGAUUCAGCUUUAAAUAUGAGCUGCCUGCAGACGUGCUCAACCUGAAGCUGAAGCUGAAGCAGCGCUGUGCUGUCACCAGGAAGGAGCUGGCGGUGCAUUUGAGUCCACACCAUGUUUCUUACAUCAGGCAGAGCUGCGACAACAAGGAAUGUCACCGGGUGACACAAGAUCUACAAACUGCGAUACUUGGAAUGAUCCGACCGUGGACGUAUGACUGUGCUGUGUUUUCCAGGUGCAGCAGAUCGUGAAAGCAGCCAGGAGCGGUACAAAGGAUGGUCUAGAAAAGACAAAACUGGCCAUGAUUCGCAAAGUAUCGUUCCUGCAGAGGAAAGACUCCACAGGUGAAGGAACGGACAAUGCCGGUUAUGUGGAUGUAACUGUGUGUGAGAUUAAACAUCCUCCGGCUCAACUCUGCCCCACGCCAGAGGGACUGAGCAGUCAGCAGGUCGUCAGACGUCUCAUCCUCAGCUCCAUCGUACAGAGUGAGAGCAGCUACUUGAACUCUCUCAAGAGAAUUCUUCAGGAGUAUCAUAAACCUCUACUGGAGCCAAAGAACAGUGUCCUAAACAUCAAGAAGGUGCGUCAGAUCUUUUUCCGUGUGCAGGAGAUCCAUCAGUGUCACUCGAUGUUCCAGAUCGCCCUGGCGUCCCGGAUGGCUGAGUGGGAUCGCAGCGAGAAGAUUGGAGACCUGUUUGUUGCCUCGUUUUCAAAGUCCAUGGUGCUGAACGUGUACAGUGACUACAUCAACAACUUCACCAACGCCAUGGCACUGAUCAAGAGAGCCUGCAUGUCUAAACCUGCAUUUCUGGACUUUCUUAAGAAGAAGCAGGCUUCCAGCUCAGACAGAAUCACGUUGUAUGGCCUCAUGGUGAAACCCAUCCAGCGCUUCCCUCAGUUCAUCCUGCUCCUGCAGGACAUGCUGAAGAACACGCCCGUCUCCCACGUUGACCGUUUGCCCCUGCAGCUCGCUCUCACCGAGCUGGAGACUCUGGCCGAGAAGCUCAACGACCAGAAGCGUCUGGCUGAUCAGGAGGCUGAGAUCCAGCAGUUAGCUCUCGGUGUCGGGGGACGCAACUUCACCAAGCUGCUGAACUCAGAGCACAGGCAACUGAUUCACUGUGAACUGCUGACUGAAACAGUUUACGGGGACAAAGGCCAAGUCCUCAAAUCAAAGGAGCGAAAACUCUUUCUGCUCAGUGACACCCUGAUCUGUGCCAACAUCAACCUGAACAGAGGUCACCCUGACAUCAACAGCUUGGUCUCAGCUGGUCCUAAGUACUCAGUGAAGUGGUGUGUCCCUCUGAUGGAGACACAGGUAGUGGAGGUGGGACACAACAUGCAUGACAGGGACGGGGACAGGGACGUCCCAGCGAGACGCCAUAGCUCCAUAUCCAGCACCAACGAUAACAUGUUCCUGGGUCCGCCCAGACUCUACCAAGAGCUGGAGGAGCUGCACCAUGAUCUAGCUGUGGUGGAGGAAGUCUCUCUGCUGGUGGGAACCCUCAGUGGAACCUACCAGAAUCUGAACACCACUGUAUCACAGGACUGGUGUCUGGCUCUGCAUAGACUUAUCCGCCUGAAGGAGGAGGAGAUCCAGAACGCCAACAAGUCUCACCUCCAUCUGUCUGUACCAGGCAAACCUGACAGGUCUGGUCAUCCAGUGAGCAUCAGGGUGGUCUUCAACACUCCCAGCCCUCUAAGUAAGAUCUUCUGGGUGAACCGACUUCACCUCGCCAAGAUAGCACAGAGGCAGGAGAACAAUCCCGGGUGGGAGUGUGCUGAAGAGGACGAGAAGACAAAAGCUCCAUUUACUUUCCCACUGCUGACAUGCAAACUUCCUGCUCUCUCCUCCAAAACACACACACGGAAGCUGAAUGCAGCUCUUCAUAGUCCAUUUCAGUCGAGCCUGCUUGGUUUCUGCACAGCCACCACAACAUUACCACAGGGUUAUCUCUGGGUAGCUGGUGGAGGAUCCAACCAUGGCCAUGUGGAGAUCUUCUCUCUGAACAGAGUCACUCCUCGUCUGGUCAAGACCAUCCCACUGAGGACCUCGGUCUUGUGUCUGGAGUAUGUGAGGGAGCCAGUGGUCCACACAGAGGAGGAGGCUGACAAGUCACAGAGUUCUGCCAAGAUAGGAAACAUUAUUUGUGCCGGCCUGCAGGACGGCAGCAUCAAAGUGUACAGCAGCCUGGAUACGGCGGUCCAGUGCCAGCUGACCUUGGCGAACCCUGACAGCUCUCCAGUCCUCUGCCUUAAACAUCUACUGUCCAAGCUCUUCGCCGGACUCCACAAUGGCACAAUAGCUGUGUACCAGAGAAAGCCUGGAGAGAGACUUUGGGACCUGGGCUCUUGCAGCCUGGUGCCUCUGGGCUCUGAGCCGGUCUGCUGUCUGCUGUCAGUUGAACACACUGUAUGGGCCAGUUGUGCCAACCGAGUCACUGCCAUCGAAGCUUCCUCCCUGCACACACAGAGUUUUGAAGCCCACUCUGACCCAGGCUGCAGCGUUAGCCACAUGGCUCGUUUAGGGGGAGGAGUUUGGAUGGCCUUCACCAAAAGCUCGUCCAUCCACCUGUUCCACAUAGAGACUUUAGAGCCACUGCAAGAAGUCAACAUCUCCACACGCACCGCCCAUCUACCACCAGGUCAAGUUUGUGUCUCCAGCUUACUGAUCUGUAAGGGCCUGCUGUGGGCGGGCACCAGUCAGGGCAUCAUCAUAACCUUCCCCGUAUCCACCCUGGAGGGAAUCCCUAAGAUUAAUGGUAAAGGCACGACAUCUGUGAAUGCUCACUGUGGUCCGGUUGACUUCCUGGUGUCGGCAUCCAGCACGCUGAUCUCUGACUUGCUCAGACAAGACUCUACCCUCAACAGCAGUGAAGUGGGUAUGAACGGAGAUGGAGGGCAAGAUGGGCGGCUCAAAGAGCAUGUGAAAGGAGAUGAAAGAGGGCAUAGCCGGAAGGACAGCAGUUACCUCCUGGACUCAGGAGAUCAUCCGCCACGGGAACAGAAGCCAAAGCAACUCUUGCUGCAGUACAGCCUCUACUCCACCUGCCAGCUCCCUGGUAAGCUGCUGUCAGCUCAGUCCGAACAGGAGAUCUCGAGGACACCACCGGAGUCACUCGAGCACAGCCUGGAGGACAGCUCCAUCUAUGAAGUGAUCGAGGACCCCGGUGUGUGGGUGAGGGGUCAGCCGGUGGAGCGGGGAGAGGAGGGGGAGGUCAGGCACAGCAGAGGCACCUCAACCGCCAUCUUCUCUGGUGGCAGAGGAUACCGCAGGAUAGGAGUGACGGCCUCUGAAGACACUUGCUCAGACUCGACUGAAAACACACUGCUGGUGUGGCAACUCCCUUUAACUUUCAGCCAGUGAUAGAAUAUGUCUGGAGUCAAGGACCCAGCAGGAAGAACGAUAACUAGAUUGUGUUACAGUCUCCUGCAUCCAGCCGAACUCUAAACCAAGAUAUACCAAGACUGUUUACCUCUUUUACAGGUGCGAACUCUUCACUGAUAAAACACUUGGGUGUCAUCUGCGUAGCAAUCGACAUUUAUGUGGUGAUUUCUGUACAUUUUGCCUAAAAAAUAUUGUAUUUAAGCUGAGAAGUAUAACUUCUAACUAUAGACUGUGUGUAUAUAAAGACGGCAUUUUGACUGAUAACAGUACCUUUACUCGGGUGUGGGCUGUGCCCGAUGUCUGUGUCAGUGAGGUACGUAACGUGACGAAAAUGAAAAGGUCAACGCUAGUUAUUUUGCUACUAUUCUAUAUACUAUUACUAUAAAAAAAAAACUCACUGUACUUUACCAAACCGAACUGUUCCACUUGAUGGGAAAACGGCUUAAAAUGAAGGGAAAUAUUCUGGAUACAGGAGUUGCCAUCUCACAGAACCUGUUUUUUAUAGCGCUGUGCAACUAAUACAAAUGUUUGACUCAUCCCAGCCACACAUAUGGAGAAAUGAAUUAUACUAAAUCAAAAAAUAAACAGAAAUGAGGUCCCA